AUGAAGUUCUUCAACCAACUGCCCGAACUAGGCUCAGCCCUAUCCCUCUUCGGCGAAGCAACUACAACACCAUCUACCAGCUUAUUCAACAUCACAGCCCUAACAGCCGCAAACAACGCCUCACGCCUCGAAUGCUGGCAGCUAACCGCCGCGCCCGUCCUAGGAGGCGGCGGUGUAAACUACGCCCUCGGCGACGCCUUCACCCAAGCGAGAUUAGGGAUAAUUCCGCCGAACACGACGACAGGGACGCUAUCUAAUGCGCCCAGAAUACAAUACACAAUCUUCCUCUCCGGCCUCGCCUACGUUCGCACCCCCGACUCGGGUCUGCCGAACCAUCUGAACGAAGUCUACAUCACGGGCGGCCGCUACGGCAUGCUCCUUGCAGCCGACGUCAAACAAGUCGCGCACAAGGGCCACGUCACCACGUUUCCGGGCCUGCAACGCACGCUUAUUGCGCAGUUUCCCGUGGCGGGCAACAAGGUGCCUGAGCAUACUUUGGUGCACGAGGGGCCUUGUACGGAUGCGGAUCUUGCGGAUCUGUAG